GAAGAACAUCACUUCCUGUUUAAAAAUGGCUGCACCCUUACUAAUGUCACAUUAGACAAAAGUGCUCUUUUCUGUAAUGUUGAAAACGUGUUCGAUCUCUUACAUAUUCGUUUGACCUCUUUUGCAGGGUAUACCUAAACAUGGUCCAUCUAUCAUCCUUCCUACUGAAGACGUACCAUGGAGGACACAUUGUCAUCAGAUUGGCAAUGGCUGGCCACAAACAGUCUAACAGACCUUUCUACCGCAUUGUGGCAGCUUACAACAAGCGAGCACGAGACAGUAAAUACAUAGAACAGCUGGGCUCUUAUGACCCCCUGCCAAACAUCUACAAUGAGAAACUGGUCAGCAUCAACUCUGACAGGAUCAAGUACUGGAUGGGCUGUGGUGCACAUCCAACGAAGCCUGUGGCCAAACUUCUAGGACUGGCUGGGUUCUUCCCCCUGCAUCCCAUGACGGUGACAGAAACAGAGCGUCACAGGGCCCUGGCAGAACUAGCAGAGGAAGCAGCUCCAGAGGAUGGAGUUAAGCAGCAGCAACUAUGAUAGCUGGAGCAUGGGGGACUGUCAAGCAUAACAGGGUGUGGUUACCUUACACAAAGGACAGCUAGAAAUGACAUUCUCCUACCAAAAGUUUUACUUUUUCCAGUGAA